GCUUAUAGUCUACACCCGGGAGUCAUAAUCACUGAAUUACAGCGAAAUCUGUCGAAAUUUCUCAAAUAUCUCCUCAGCUUCUUCACGGUGUCCAUUGAAAUGGGAGUCCAAACCACACUCUAUUGCGCUCUCGAAGAAAGUCUUCAAAAUGAGUCCGGAUUUUACUACGAAAAAUGUAGAAGCGAUACAAGACUUGAUGGAAAGGUAGUUGUGAUAACCGGUGCCAACACUGGUAUCGGCAAAGAGACGGCACGGGAACUGUCAUUACGAGGCGCUAAGAUAAUAAUUGGUUCGCGAGAUGUGGACAGAGGAAAGAGAGCCGUUCAAGACAUCCAACUCAAGAAUCCAAAGGCAAACAUAAUUGUCAUGAAAUUGGAUUUGUCUUCACUUUCAUCGGUGCGACACUUCGCUAAAACAGUUUCCCGCGAAGUGUCCACUAUUGACAUCCUUAUGAAUAACGCCGGAGUGAUGGCGUGUCCCGAGUCCACCACCGAAGAAGGCUUUGAGAUGCAGUUCGGAACCAAUCAUUUGGGCCAUUAUCUGCUGACCCUAUCACUGAUGCCUUUAUUGAAGAAGUCGCCGAAAGCGAGGAUAAUAACCGUCUCAUCGAUAGCUCAUAUGUCGGGAAGCAUUCACUUUGAAAACAUAAAUCUCCGAAACAAGGCGUACGACCCGAUGACAGCCUACAGACAAAGCAAAUUAGCGAAUAUACUCUUCACGCGACAA